CAAUCAUAUCUCAUACUGAAGAAGUGACUAUUAUCAAUUCAUUAACAUCAAAUUAUUCUCCGAAAUGGCUAUUGCAAACUCGGAGGGAGAGUCAUCUGGUCAAGUCUCAAUGCAGGUCGAUCAAUCUACCAUCGAUGAAAGUUUAUAUUCGCGUCAAUUAUAUGUUCUGGGUCAUGAAGCCAUGCGGAAGAUGGCCAACUCAGAUGUUCUCAUUGUGGGCAUGAAGGGACUUGGAGUGGAAAUCGCCAAAAAUAUUUGCCUCGCCGGUGUUAAAUCUGUCACCAUUCAUGACCCUGAGUUCACGGCCAAACCCGACUUGGGAACUCAAUUUUUCCUGCGUGAUUCAGAUAUUGGGAAAGCUAGGGAUGUCUCAACUCAACCUCGUCUAGCCGAAUUGAACUCAUACGUUCCUGUACGAGUCCUCGGAAAAGACUUGACUUUGGACGCUCUCAAGUCGUUUCAGGUUGUUGUCCUGACCAACGUUUCUCUAGCCAAACAGUUAGAACUGGACGACUUCACCCACCGAAAUGGCAUCCAGUUUAUCGCUGCUGACGUGAGGGGGCUCUUUGGUUCUGUCUUUUGCGAUUUUGGUCCUGAAUUCCCGGUCAUCGACACAAAUGGUGAACAACCUGUUUCUGGGAUGAUCGUAUCUAUUGAGAAGAGUGCCCAAGGGCUCGUGACCACUUUGGAUGACUCUAGGCACGGCUUAGAGGACGGUGACUUUGUAAAUUUCACCGAAGUCAAAGGAAUGGACGGAUUCAAUGAGUCAGAACCUCGGAAGGUGACCGUAAAAGGUCCGUAUACUUUCACAAUCGGGGAUACAACGUCAUUUGGAGAGUAUAAAUCUGGCGGAUGGUUUCAUCAGGUCAAGAUGCCCAAAUCUUUGAAUUUCAAACCAUUGCGAGAAUCGUUAGAGAAACCCGAAUUUUUGAUUACAGAUUUUGCCAAGUUUGACCGCCCGGCUUCCCUUCAUUCUGGCUUUCAAGCCCUCUCCAAGUUUCAAGAAAACUAUCAACGUUUACCCCGACCUAGGAAUGAAGAAGACGCUAAGGAAGUCCUCAAAAUUGCUCACGGUUUACACCAGGAAGAUCUUGGCGACCUUUCCGAGAAGGCUGUCAUGGAACUCUCAUACCAAGCUGUUGGUGAAUUAGCACCUAUCACAGCAGUUAUUGGUGGGUAUGUCGCGCAGGAAGUUCUGAAGGCGUGUUCUGGCAAGUUUCACCCCACCUUCCAGCAUCUUUACUUUGACGCUUUGGAAGCGCUACCCUCCAAGGCUCCAACAGAAGCCGAUGUACAGCCAAUCAAUUCUCGCUAUGACAAUCAAAUUGCGGUUUUCGGACGAGAGUUUCAAGACAAAAUUGCAAAUUACCGACAGUUCUUGGUUGGGGCUGGUGCGAUUGGCUGUGAAAUGUUGAAGAACUGGUCGAUGAUGGGGUUGGCAACCGGUCCUAAUGGGAAAAUAUCUGUAACCGACAUGGACUCCAUUGAGAAAAGUAACCUCAAUCGCCAAUUCUUAUUCCGGCCUCGUGAUUUAGGCUCAUUCAAGAGUCAAGCAGCCCCAAGGGCUGUAUGUGAAAUGAACCCAGAAUUAGAAGGAAAGAUUGUGACCUAUCAGGACGCAGUGGGUGAUCGAACCGAGAAUAUCUUUGGGGACGAUUUCUUUGAUAAUCUCGAUUGUGUCACCAAUGCACUCGAUAACGUUCUAGCCAGACAAUACAUGGAUCGACGAUGCGUUUACUACGAAAAGCCUUUGCUAGAAUCUGGUACACUGGGCACUAAAGCCAACGUUCAAGUUGUUCUUCCUCAUCUCACCGAAUCUUACUCUUCAUCACAAGAUCCCCCCGAGAAAGAAGCACCAAUGUGUACGGUCAAAAGUUUCCCAAAUGUCAUCGAACACACUAUCCAGUGGGCCAAGGAGAGGUUCUCCGAGUAUUUCACCAAACCUCCAGAGACUGUCAAUCAGUAUUUGUCGCUUCCUAACUUUGUGGAUACUUUACGUCAAGGCGGUAAUCCAGCAGAACAACUCAACCAGAUCAAAGAAUAUUUGGUCGACAACCGUCCGCUUACAUUUGGUGAAUGUGUUCAGUGGGCUCGAUUGAAAUUCGAACUCGAGUUCAACAAUGAGAUUCGACAAUUGUUGCACAGCUUACCAAAGGAUCUUAUUACCAAAGAGGGUGUACCGUUUUGGUCGGGACCUAAGAGGGCCCCUGGGUCCAUCAACUUUGACCCUUCCGACCCCCAUCACUUGACUUUCAUUAUCGCUGCAGCCAAUCUUCAUGCUUACAACUAUGGCUUAAAAGGCGAUCGAGACCCUGUUGCGAUCAAAAAGAUUUUAGAGACCGUGAUUGUACCCGAGUUUACGCCUAAAAGCGGUGUGCAAGUGCAAGUUAAAGAUGAUGAACCUGUGAAUCCACAGGCAGCUGGUGAUGUCGACGAGGCUGAGGUUGCCUCGACCCUACCAGCCCCUUCAACUUUGGCCGGAUUCCGAUUAAACCCAUGUGAAUUCGAAAAGGAUGAUGAUACGAAUUUCCAUAUGGAUUUCAUCACUGCUGCCUCCAAUCUAAGAGCCACUAAUUAUUCCAUUAAUAACGUUGAUAAACAUCGAACCAAGUUGAUUGCAGGAAGGAUUAUCCCAGCGAUUGCUACUACCACUGCUUUGGCUACUGGACUUGUUUGUUUGGAGUUGUAUAAGAUCAUUGAUCAAAAGAAGAAUUUAGAAGAUUAUAAGAAUGGGUUUGUGAACUUGGCUUUACCGUUCUUUGGGUUCUCAGAACCGAUCGCGGCAGCUAAAAACAAGUAUUAUGAUACUGAAUGGACCCUUUGGGAUCGAUUUGAUAUUGAUCAUGAUAUUACACUUCAGGGAUUAAUUGAUUUUUUCAAAAAUGAAAAGAAACUUGAAAUCACCAUGUUGAGUAGUGGCGUUUCAAUGCUUUAUAGUAGCUUUAUGGCCAAGAAGAAAGUUGAGGAACGACUUAAAAUGAAGAUGAGUCAGUUAGUGGAAACUGUUUCGAAGAAACCUGUGCCACCUCAUGUGAAAGCAAUGAUUUUUGAGGUCAUGGUUGAUACGAUGAAUGAUACAGACGAUGAUGAUGAUGAUGUAGAAGUCCCUUAUAUUAAAAUUAGGAUUCGUCCUUAGGUUCUCAUUAGGAAAAUAUGGGUUUCAAAGAUUGAUAAAAUUUGAUCAUUCAAUAUCAGGAUUUGGUGGGUGAAAGAAGAAGAUAGACCCAGACAAAGAAUUGCAUUUAUGUUUGAAAUUUUCUAGAAGAUUUUUCAGUUUAUUCAGAAAAAACGAGUGAAACUUGUUUGUGGUAUGUUAACCUUACUUUCUUUGUGGUGAAAUUGUAAAAAUUUAAAAAGGGAGAUGAUGAGAAGACU